AUGCAUCUAUGGGAGGUUAUUGAUGAAGCACAUAGUGCUUUCAUUGCAGGAAGAAAAACUAUUGAUAAUGCCUUGCUUGGUUUUGGAUGCUUGCAUGUGACUAAGAAAGCCAAUAGGAAAAUUAACAUCUCCAUAGCCCUUAAGCUUGACAUGUUCAAAGCCUAUGAUAGAGUGGAGUGGACAUUCUUAGAAGCUAUUAUACAAAAGAUAGGUUUUUGUUGGAAGUGGAUUGAUCAAAUCCUUAACUACAUCUCUUAUGUUGCUUCUUCUUAUUUGUUAAAUGGUGAUAUUGAUGGUAACAUUGUCCCUUUGAGAGGACUGAGGCAAGGGGAUUUUCUCUCCCCUUUCCUCUUCCUUAUUUGCGCUCAGGGGGUGUCAAGCCUAAUUAAUGCUGCAAACAAAAAGCUUAUCACAAGGCUGAAAAUUGUAGAGAGCUGUAGCAUUUCCGACCUCUUCUUUGCAGAUGAUAGUCUGUUAUUUGCAAGAGAAAAUCUAAGAGAGUGUAGACUGAUUAGAGACUUAUUGUAG